AGACAGGGCAGAGGCGGGAAAUGGCGCCUGGUAGCUCAGCGGUGUGUCAUUUCGAAGACGGUCCUUGAACAGCAAAAAUACAACAGGGGGCGGGUGGGGGGAAGAACAUGCAGUGCUAUGUUGUGAUGUUUAAUCUGUCUUGAGUCGUUACUGUCACGUCCAGCGGGUCACAUUACACCUUACAUGUGACUGCAAGAACAAUGAGGCUGAGAAUGCGAAAGGCGUCUCAGCACCAAAACCCAGCUCUGACAAGCCGCACGUCCCGAACCAAGAGGAGGCAUUCAGAGGUAGAAGACGACCCUCCUGCCAGCGGAGGAAGGGGAAUAUUAUCCACCAUCAAGAAGUUAAUCCGAGGAAAUGCUGUCAAGUUACAGCAGGAGAGCCCGGCUAAGAAGACACGCCUCCACUGCGAUGUGGACAACAACCUCAUCACCUCCACUCCUUCAAACACCAACUCCCCCCGGAGGACUGCAAGCAGAGUAGGCAAGAAAGGCUCCAUCAAUGGCCAAGCGACCAAUCAUGACAGGAAUAAGGAGAAGCCGAACGGCAGUUUGGAGGAUACGGCUGCAGUUGAGCUGACCUCCAGUCCUCCCAGGACAACCCUGCUUGGGACGAUCUUCAGCCCUGUUUUUAACUUUUUCUCACCAGCUAAAACAUCUUCAGGCUCAGACUCCCCUGGCCAGGCUCUGGAAGCAGAGGAGAUAGCCAAGCAGCUGGACAUGGAGCAGGUGGUGGAGACGCCCACCAGCACAGCCACAUCCACCCAGGAUCUGUGCCCCGUUAACAACUUCUACUCCAGCGUGUCACACCUGCCGCCUCUACGGCCUCCACACAUCCUUGAAGCGUCCUCUACGUCAGAGGAAGAAGAACUGGAUGCUGAUGUUGACCUCCCCCCUUUAACAGCUCCAGGUUCUAAUCUGAACGUGAUGUAUGUGGAUGUUCCAGCAACCGUGCCACCUGAGGCAUCCUAUGAGGAAGACUGGGAAGUGUUUGACCCGUAUUUCUUUAUCAAGCAUGUCCCUCCUCUGACAGAAGAGCAGCUCACCAGGAAACCAGCCCUGCCGCUAAAGACUCGCAGCACGCCUGAAUUCUCUCUGGUUCUGGACCUGGAUGAAACGUUGGUUCACUGCAGCUUAAAUGAACUAGAGGAUGCAGCACUUACCUUCCCUGUCCUCUUCCAAGAUGUCAUUUACCAGGUGUAUGUGCGCCUGAGGCCAUUUUUCAGAGAGUUUCUGGAGCGUAUGUCUCAAAUAUACGAGAUCAUCCUUUUUACGGCAUCUAAAAAGGUGUAUGCAGACAAACUACUCAACAUUUUGGAUCCUAAAAAGCAGCUUGUGAGACACCGGUUAUUUCGUGAGCAUUGCGUCUGUGUCCAGGGAAACUAUAUCAAGGACCUCAACAUCUUGGGCAGAGAUCUGUCAAAGACCAUCAUCAUUGACAAUUCACCACAGGCCUUUGCAUAUCAGUUAUCCAAUGGGAUUCCAAUAGAGAGCUGGUUCAUGGAUAAGAAUGACAACGAGCUGCUAAAACUGGUCCCUUUUCUGGAGAAGCUGGUUGAGAUGAACGAGGACGUGCGACCACACGUUCGAGAGAGAUUCCGACUUCACGACCUGCUGCCUCCUGAUUGAAAUCAGCAGCGGUGCGUCACAACCUAACAGCAGGAUAAGACUGAAAUCAACGUGUGUAAAAAGCAUCUCUUUGGAAUACAAACUACAGCAUUGCCGUUAAUAUUCAGUUUUUUUUUUUUGUUGAGGAGCAGGAGGAAAAAAUUUUAAAAAGUUUAUAGUUUUUUUUUGUGUUUUUUACUUCUGUGUAUUUUUUCUAAAAAAGAGAAAAAAAGUAAUUGGAGGGAAAUUACACACACAGAUUAAAGCCUAUGUAGACUCCUCUUUUUAAGCGACUCUCCAGCAGCGGUGGAGCCAGAAACAAGCUCCACCCUAAACUCUGAGGUCUCGGUGCUGGUUUAAUGGAUACCAACAGGUAAAAAUCCCUGAACACAUCAGCCCCUUCUGGUGCUCAUGCUGUCAACACUGACAAAAAAAAACAAAAAAAAAAAAACAUUUGUUUGUGUUUUUAAAGCUGGAAGGAGGGGGUCUGAUCUGAUGGGUGGGCAAAUAUCCUAUCUGUAGCUAACAGAAAAA